UUUUGUCCAAUGACCCCAAGCUACCCAUCCUUAUCGCUCGCGCGUAAUUAUGUUGCUGUCGCGCUCGCACAUUCACUGCGGGCGCCCGUCGCACAGUCGCGACAGCAAUAUAAUUACGCGCGAGCGAAAAGGAUGGGUAGCUUGGGGUCAUUGGACAAAAUUCUACGUGCUCACAGACCGGGCUUUACCUAUUAACGAACUAUAUUUUCAGGUUCGUCAUGACAGCAGACCCUCCGGAUGUAGACGCGCCCAUGAUGGACAGCCUUCUGACGUUCGACUUAAGGGCUGAAUUGGACGAGUUAUUUUAUGAACCUGAAAACCUCACAGAGUCCUUAGAAGACGACGUCAACGCAACCACCACGGUUACUCCACCGACCACCACGCGGCGACCAGCCACCACCACCAAGCCACCACCUCCGAACAAGUGGAUUAUACCACUCACUUUCGUGGUGGGGCCCACGGAGGAUGAAGAUGAUCUGGAGAACAUCACUAAAGUGUGGAAGAAUACAACAGAAAAUCUGCAGAACGGAACCUGGUACGACAUAGGGAACGAAACGAAACCGGCGAAGACAUCAAAAUGGGCCGAAAACGUGAUGCACCUGAUAUGGAUGAACGAUACUGAGAUGGUGAUACCCGAUUUGGGCAAGCAUAAAUGGGUGCGGUACAACGUCGGCGCGAGGGGACUUUACAGAGUGGCUCCUCAAGACAGAAACGCUGGGGAAACAGCAGAGUCGGCGGCUGCACGUGCGGCGGCGCUGUACGAGAGCGGUGCUCCGGCAGAGCGAGCGUUGUUACUGGACGAUGCGUUUGUAUUGAGCAGAGCCGGUCGCCUCCCAGCUAGCAGGGCCAUUGCUGCUGCCACACGCCUCAGCACAGAAAAGCACUGGGCGCCGUGGCGUGUGGUGUUAUCCCACGUGUCGUGGUGGCGCGCGCUGCUACGCCUCGGCGCGUCGGGGCCGCACUUGCACGAGCUAUUACAACAGCUGCAUCCUGAGGAGCUCCAUACUCUGGACCCGGCGGCCGCGGUGCCUCUCAACGAAGACCAGCUAUGGCUCAGUGGCGCCCUCCUAACUGCUGGUGUGGAGUGGGAGAACCCUCGAGUGACGAAACAGGCGGUGCAACUCUUCGACGCCUGGUACAAAGAUAACCAGACCAUACCUGACAUAUACCAAGAGGCGGCGUUCACGGCAGGCGUGCGCGCGCACGGCGCGGGCGCGUGGCGCGCGUGCUGGCGUGCACUGCGCGCGUCGUGCGCCGCGCCGCGCCCGCUGCACAACCACCGGGCGCUGCUAGCAGCGUUGGCUAGCGCUAAAGACGACUGGCUGUUCUACAGAUUCGCAUUCACGGCGCUGUCAGCCGAAGCGCAGCGGAGUCGCGAGUGGCGGCUCUGGGUGACCACUCUCUGCACAGCUACUUGCAGAUGGCGCGGCGCGGCGGGCACGUGGCGCGUGCUGCGAGCGGCGCCCGCGCUGCCGCCGCCGGCGCUGCUGGCCGCCGCCCGCUGUCUGCACGAGCCCCACGACUAUUAUAGGUUCAAAGACCUCUUCGGCGAGUACCGCGGUGCUCAAAUCGCUCUCGACACGAUUGCUCUAAACUCCGCAUGGGUGGCCCGAGCCGACGCAGACCUGCUAAGGUACUUCAACGCUGUGCACAAGCAUUGAACCAAGUAAAGGACGUAGCGUAACCAACCCGGAAAGGGAUCGUAACCGUAUCAACUCGAGGCGGUCAGUAUUCUUCGAGAAACUCCAUACUGCAACGCACACUAGGCCCAGAACAGACGGUGAAACGCAAUUGCAACGAAACUGCAACUUUCUGAUGAUUCUUAUGAAUGAAACUGAAACUGAAAGUUUCAAACUGGUCGCGUCAUGUGCGGUCUCUCAACGGACGCUAUGGCAGAAACUUACAUGCAACUCAAAGGUAACUAGCAGUUGCAGUUUCGUUGCAGUUGCGUUUCACCGUCUGUUCUGUCUGGGCCUUAUCCGCACCGUCGUAAACGCCUCGCCUAGCGGUUGACAGCGCGCGAAAGGCAAUGACAGCUCGCGAAAGACGAUGACCAUACGGUGUUGAUCAUUUUCCGAGUUGAUAUGUCUGCUAUGACCUUAUCUACUGA